AUGGACGAGAAGGCCAACGUCGUCGAGAUGGACGCCUGUGCUGACGUAGGUUCUGACGAAGGCCCGCACGAGAAGGACGACGAGGAAGAAGAACGCCGCGUCGAGUCCGACUUCAGCUUCGACUACGAGCCGGACGGCUCACUCUUUCCUGAUCGAGGCGGCGAUGGCGAUGGCGAUGCCGUCGCUGGCGGGGGUGAUGAGGCUGCGCGUAUCAACACGCAAACCGUCUUCGACGUUCGGGUGGGUGUGAACGGCCUGGAAGCCUUCGCACCAGAGGACAGUACUCCACAGUCGCCGAAGCCCGUGAAGAUCAAGUCCGGACAGCCAGUCGGCAACCGUGACGAGACUGGUACAAACACCUCCAGCACGUUGCAAUCUUCAUCCAACCGCCUUGGAGGAGCUGACUUGCGUUCAUUCCGGUCCAGCCUCGAAGCGAAGCGAUCCUCAAAAGACAAUGCAAAGGAUACUCUCCGACAGAAGUUGGCUUCGAUCCAGAACGCUUCCACCAACCUGGGGGGAGGUAUGAUACAAAUGAUGCUAAUCCUCCGUGAAGAGAACGAGGCGAAAGCAGAGGCGCGCCGAGCCGAUGAAGAACAACGCCGCUGCGACGAACUUGCCGCUCGAGAAGAGCGAUGUAAAUCCGAGAAAAAGGAAGCGGAAGAGCGUCGCCUUCAGGAAAGCCUUGAGAGAGAAGAACACGUUUGCCGUGACAGGGAGGACGCCCGCGCACGCACCCAAGAGCUGGCGAUGAUUUUCGGAGCCUUGACGAUGGAACCCUAA